AGGGGAAAGGCAGAUUGUUCAGGAAUUUCCAGCCCUGGAAUCGCUAUAUAUUCAUCCUGCUGCGACAGGAAUCGCAUUGCUCCACUCUGUGCGGGAAGUAGCGACUCACUGAGCUGGGAACAGCGAGCGGGUAAGACAUCUGGCUGGGGAGCGAUUGACCUCGAGUUGAUAAGGGAAAUAGCAGUUAGCCAGUAUAAGAUACCAGAAAACCAAUAUAAAAGCCAUCGACUGACCCUCUUCUGUAGGACACAGGCCACAUUCAGGCUGGAGAUUGGGCACUAUGAGGCUCUUGCACAUUCUUGCACUGAUUUCCACUUUUCAGUCUGUACAUUUAGCAAGAGACUCACUGGUACAGCUGAAAAAUAAUGGAUAUGAAGAUAUAAUUAUAGCAGUUAAUCCAGAAGUGCCUGAGGAUGGGAAGAUUAUUGAACAAAUUAAGAAAAUGCUGACCGAUGCAUCUUCUUACUUGUUCCAAGCUACUAAAAAAAGAAUUUAUAUAAGGAGUGCAAAAAUUUUGAUCCCCAAUUCAUGGACAUCCAAUAGUUCUUAUGGGAGGCCGAAACUAGAAUCGUACGACAAGGCAGAUGUAAUCGUUGCAUCACCUUUUAUCCAUGGGGACGACCCAUAUACAUUACAGUUUGGAGGUUGUGGAGAAAAGGGAAAAUAUAUUCAUUUCACUCCUAACUUCCUUGUAAAUGAUGAGAAAAUGCUACCAAUAUAUGGACCAAGAGGGAGAGUUUUCGUGCAUGAGUGGGCUCACCUUCGUUGGGGCGUCUUUGACGAAUACAACUAUAAUCGCCCUUACUACCUCUCUGAAAAUCGGAAAGUUGAAGCAACAAGGUGCCCUUUGAAGAUGCAAGGCUCAAAUCUAAUAGAGGUAUGCCAAAGGGGGAUUUGCAAUCUGGAAGCUUGUGAAUAUGACGAGAACACUGGGCUGUAUGAAGAGGACUGCAAAUUCUAUCCCAAAAUGGAUAGCAAUGUGGAGGAAUCUGUUAUGUAUGCCCAAAUGAUGGAACCUGUACAUGCCUUCUGUAAUAGCAGUAGCCAUAAUUCAGAGGCACCCAACCAACAAAAUCGUCUGUGCAGCCAACAGAGCACAUGGGACGUCAUCAGUAAGUCGUCUGACAUACAAUCCAGUCCUCCGUUAAUGGACUCAAACAUUCCAGCUCCUGUGGUUUCUCUAUUGCAAUACAAGGACAGAGUGGUCUCCUUGGUUCUGGAUAUAUCUGGAAGCAUGGCCAAUGCUAACCGCAUCACCCGGCUGUAUCAAGCAUCAGAAGUGUACAUCAUGCAAAUAGUGGAGCAGGGCGCUUAUGUUGGUAUCGUUGUAUUUAGCACUGGGGCCGAGGUCAAAUCCCCGCUAGUUAAAAUAACUGAUACUUUUCAGCGGGAAAGUCUGAAGUUAAAACUACCAACUGCAGCGACUGGUGGUACAAACAUCUGUGCUGGAGUUCGACAAGGUCUGGAGGUAAAUAAAAAUCUAGAUCAGAGCACACAUGGCACUGAAAUUGUACUGCUAACAGAUGGAGAAGAUUCUGGGAUUAGUGGUUGUUUUCCUGAAGUUAUUAAGAGCGGAGCCAUUAUUCACACAAUUGCUCUUGGAAACAAUGCAGAUGCCGGCCUGGAAAAGUUAGCAGAACUCACAGGAGGACUAAAACUGUAUGCGUCAGAUAAAGUAGAUGCAAAUGGCCUGAUUGACUCAUUCAGUGGGAUUGUAUCCAACACUGGGAAUGUAACACAGCAAUCUCUUCAGAUUGAAAGUUCUGCUACACAAGUCAAACCAAACGGUUGCUUAGAUGGCAAGGUAGUUAUUGACAAGACUGUGGGGAAUGACACUUUCUUCUUGGUCACUUGGGACUCUACAAUCCCCAGCAUAUCUCUGACUGAUCCAAUUGGAAAAGUUUAUACAGAGACUGAUUUCAAAAGUGAUCAAGUUUCAAAAUCGGCUCGCCUCCUUAUUCCCGGCACGGCACAGAUUGGAACAUGGCAGUACAGACUAUGUAGCACUGUACUAAUUGAUCAAGUAAUUGGCAUAACAGUCAAUUCCCGAGCAGCAAAUGAAAAUGUGCCACCCAUUGUUGCCGAGGCUUACAUGAAUGAUGAUUCAAGCACAUACCCUAAGCCCAUGAUUGUGUAUGCAAUAGUUACCCAGGGGCUUGCACCUGUUUUGGGAGCAACAGUUACUGCUGUUAUUGAACCACAGAAUGGAAACGUUCAAACUUUGCAGCUUUUGGAUAAUGGAGCAGGUGCUGAUAUUAUCAAGAAUGAUGGUAUCUAUUCCAAAUAUUUUGUUCAGUUCUCUGGAAAUGGUAGAUACAACUUAAAAGUGCGUGUAGAAAGCAAAGAGAAAACCCCAAACCUUUCAGCUCCAGCAAGCCGUGCCCUUUACCUGCCUGGCUACAUUGUGAAUGGCACUGUAUUCCGUAACCCACCAAGGCCCAAAGAUACAGUUAUUGAAGACCAAAGUUUAGGAAACUUCACCAGGACGGUUUCAGGUGGUGCCUUCACUGUAACCAAUGUGCCAUCAGGGCCUCUACCAGACAACUUUAAACCUGAAAAAAUUACUGAUCUGGAAGCAACAAUUAAAGGGAAAGAAGUCGAAGUAACUUGGACAGCCACUGGUGAUGAUCUGGACCAAGGAAAUGCUUCUGUGUAUGAUUUAAGAAUGAGCCUCAGUUCUAAGGAUCUUUUAGAAAACUUUGAGAAUGCGACCACCGUAAAUGUCACCCACCUCGCUCCUCAGCUAGCUGGCACCAGAGAAAACUUUACAUUCACACCAGAAAAUGUUGUCAUACAAAACGGCACCAUCAUUUUUUUUGCACUGAUUGCCUUUGAUGAUGCUGGACUGAAAUCGGACACCUCUAACUUAGCGAAGGCAACUUUCUUUGUACCACAGAAAAACCCAGGCAAUGGCUCAAAUCACAGCAAUUUUAAUAAACUGACCUUCAUAUUGGUGGGACUGAUGGUUAUGUUAACACUGGUGAUUAACUCUGCAGUUUCAGAUAUUUCUUGCUAAACUGGAACCAAGACUGCAAAAAUGAACACUAAGAACACAGAUCACCGUUACGGUCUUUUUUCUGAGGGAAUAACAAAUUUACCCAUAGGGAUCAUCAGUCACUAAAAAGUACCAGCUGCAAUGGAUAAGAAUUGAACGAAAGUCUCAGCAAAAACCAGACUGUAAAAAUAAAGUAAUUGACAGCUAUAUAUAGGACAUAUAUUGGGGAAGUAUUAGAAACGAGCACAAAUAAGAUUUGCAGCCUCUGACGAUUUAGCGAUGUCGUAAUUGUGCCUUAGAACUCCCAGAUCCUUUUGCCAAAUAAUGGCAACUGUACAGAAAUUAAGUUCAUACCAGAAGUGCUUCACGAUUCUUUACGUGCAAGUUGAUAUUCUAUGUUUGUGAGUACCCACCUAAACAAGUCUCUAAGGAAAGUUCUUUAACCCUUUGGUGGUGGUUAAUACCAAAUGAGGGUAACACUUAUAUUUUGGAACUGAAUUAGUAUAUGAGCAUUUUGUAUUUAGUAUAUCUUAUCAAAUUAGGCUGUGUUUGUCUUUAGCUGUGCUACAGAUGCUACGUGCCUCCACACUGUAGAAAGGAGGAGUAUUUUGUUUUGGGGUGGCCAGCAGACAACUUUUUCCAAAGCUUUUUAUAAUGAGAUACACAAUUGGUCCAUAUUUUGGGUAAUAAAAAGGGCAUUCCACACAGGGAAUGACACUAAAAAAUGAUCGUUGUCGCUGUUUGGUUCUUUGGUGCACAUUUUCAGCCAUUCAGAUUGUAAUGGCAUAAUAUGAAAAUAAAAUGAAAGUCAGCUAGAUGUUUGUUAUUUAUACUUGGCCUUGCAAGUAAGCUAUAAUGGAAAUGUUGGAUCCAAAAUUGCUUCAGACACAAAGGGAAAAGGUGAAUUGAUCACUGCACAGUAAUAAUUUAUUUGCAAGUGCAUCCAUUUUUGAAAACAUGGUUUCUUUGUUACAAAGUUAUGAUUAGAAGGUUGCUAAGCCACUAGACUACAUCAAGUUAAACCCUAUAUGGCGAUCCUAACUAUUUACCUCUGCUUAUAUUUUACAUAGGCUGGCACCUCCGUGCAUGGUUGCAUUUCUUGGGAAAAGUGUUUCCUGACCAAAGCACUGGUAUCACUGGCUGAUCCUCCCAUGCUGUAGCUUUAAUAGGCGGAAGAUAUCCAAGACCAACACUUAUUUUUAAGGCAAAAGACUAUCAAAUUCAAGCCUGUCUUACCGUCCUGCUGAAUAACUCUACAAAUACACAAAAUUAAGUGAGAGACACUUUGAGCUUAGUUAAGUAUAAGUAAACUAUAAUGUCAGAUCAAGUCACAACAUUUUCAAACAAAAAAAGGGUGAAUUGAUCAUUAUACGAAUACUUAGCUAGACUUGGAGUGCUCCCUCGAUUCAUCGUUCUUGUAGCACCCCCAAAUCUAUCUUUUUAAUGGUUGUCGUAGACCUUUAAUUAAGAAAUGUGUUGGUCUUGGAGAUAUUUUUCUUAUAAAAGCUAUAGAGGAGAUGAUCAGCCUGGGAGCCACUUUUCUGAGAAAUUCAGGGCUCUAGGAAAGAUGCAUUAAGCCUGAAAAUCUCCCCUUUUUUGUGUUUGCCCCUUUCAUUUACAAGAGGCCUAUCAUUAUGGGGGUUAUUUAAUUAAAUUAGAAUUUAUCUUAUAAUAAUAAAAAAAGUUAGUCCAAACUCCCAUGCCCGAUUUUAGCAUAUUUAUUUUAAAAAACUCGAUUUAAUCAGAUCGUGAAAAAUUCGAUAAAAUUGAACGAAAACUUGUAUCGUAUGUAUUUUUUGGGGCUUUUUCCCUAAUCACUUGAUUUUUUUGGAGUUUUAAUCCCGAAAACCCCAAAGAAGUCGGAUUUUUGGGCUAAAUCCAGUGCAGACCAUGAAAACGUCAAAUUGGAAUAGGUGCUUCUCCCAUUGACUUGUACAUGACCUCGCAAGUUCUGAGAUGGCGGAUUUUCAGAUUCUGGCUUUUUGCAGCAUUGGGGUAUAAUAAAUCUCCAAAAUAAAGUUUUUUUACCCUUUAAAAUGUUUUCUAGUGAAAAAAAAUAGAAUUUUUUUUAGAUUUCCCAACACGGCCUUUACUAAAUAACUUCCUAUGUAUUUUCUACACAAUUGUUUGAUUUACAUAUGUUCUUGAAUUGUGAACUUUAUUCUUUAUUUUUUAUUCUGGCUUUAAUAAAAGAUAUUUUUUCA